AUGGGUCCCUGUACGGCCUCCCAUUGCUGCUGUCUCCAUCACCACACUCUGCCAUGUGCCACUUUUCAGGUCUCCUCACACUCCUGCUGGUUUCCAUUUUGUCAUAGGUUGCUGUAUUGGCCUCCCAUUGCUGCUGCCUCCACCGCCACACUGUGGCUCCAAACACUGGUUUUGGCCCCGUGACUGGCCAAAUGAGUGAAGUGUGCGGUGAUUCUAAGAUCGACGGAACUCAUCUGCAUGUCAUACUGACUGACAGUAUUAUUUCUCUUCCCAGCAGACUCCAAGGGCAUUUAAAUUAAAGGUGUACAGUGUAC